AUGGAGUACACUCUUUUGAGGCUGGCCAAGAGUACCGGCUUCGCCGCAUUCUCGGUUGCCCGAUACAUGAAAGACCUGAACGUGCGACAUGCGUUCUUCUCGACUUAUGAAGAAACCAUGUUUCUUAGGAAAGUUGAGACAACAACCGGCUGGGCUUUGCAAUUCUCUCUGGUAAUCACUCACGAUUUCCAGUACAGCAUCCCAAUAGAGACUAUUACCACUCGGCAAGGGCUAUUUUAUUUGGCUCUUCUCGGCCAAACUACGCGGCCAUUUACUACCAGGCCUUCGCGCCGUCAGUGGACCACCUAA